UUCCCUUCAUCAAUCAAUCAAUCGAUUGAAUAUUUUUUUUUCUUCUUAAAUUUGUGCUAUCAUUCAUCAAAAGAAUUAUUAUUAUUAUUAUUAUUUGAAUCAUUCGAAAUUGUAAAUUAGAGAUAAUGAGUCCAACAAGUAAAAAACAACUAUCAAAAAUGGCUAUAAAAAAUGAAAUGAUGGAUCAAACAUCAUCUGACAGUAGCAGUAUGGAUCAAUCGGAUAUGAUGGGAAGUAAUAAAUCUUCAUCCAGCUCGAAACAAUUUGGUCGUGUUAAUCGAAGAAUUUUGGAUAAAGAUUCGGAAGAAUAUAGAAAAAGGCGCGAACGUAAUAAUUUGGCUGUGAAAAAAUCAAGAAAUAAAUCUAAACAAAAAACACAACAAACCCAGCAACGUGUGAAUGAAUUGAAAGAAGAAAAUCAACGUUUAGAAACAAAAGUAAAAAUCUUAUCGAAAGAAUUAAGUUUUCUUAAGGAUUUAUUUUUGGCCCAUGCAUCAUCACAUAGUGGUGGACAAACAAUCGAUUUGAAUCUAAACGAUGAAGAAUCACAUAUAAUAAUGGACAAUAGAAACGCUGAUAAUAAUGGACAAAUCAAUCAAUCGCAUGUGAUCUCAUCAUCAUUCUCGAAUAAAUUAUCCUCAACUACAUCGGUAAUCAAAAAACAUUAAUAAAUGCUAUUGUAGUGAUCAUAUAUUAUUCGGUCGCAUUAUGAAAAUGAUAAUGGCAAAAAAAUAUUAGAAAAUUCAACAAAUUCUAUUUU